GACACUAUGUAUUUUUCAAUUUAUAUAGGAAUUGACAUGUGAAGUUUAAUUAUACUUAUAUAUGAAUUAAAUGUCAAAGAACUAGACAUUUUGUUGACAUUAAUAAAACACUUUUAUUUCUAAUUCUAAAUAAAUAAAAAGAUGAUAGAAUACAAAAACAACAGUAAUAUUUCAUUUAAACAUUUUAAAUAUAUAAUUAUGGAUACAUAAUUAUCCGAUUAAAAAAAUAUAAAUUGAAUCACACAGUGACUAAAAAGUUAUUGAAAAAUUCUUUCUACUGAUAUACAAGUAUGAAUGGAAUAAUUCCUGAAAUGGAGCAAAUUAUUAGUCAGCUGGAACGCGGAACUAUAGUAACAACUUUUUUUAAACGAUUGGAAAAAAAAACUUUAAUGAUACGACGAGAAACUAGACAAAUUGUUUGGUCACAAAGUGCAACUAUUAGACCUUUUGAUGGAACUGUUGAAAUAAGAGAAAUUAAGGAAAUUAGAGUUGGCAGUAAUACUAAAGACUUUGAAAAAUUGUCUGAAGAUACGAAAAGAAAAGAAAAUUUAAAAUGUUUUAGUAUUUAUUAUGGUUCUGAAUUCCGAUUAAAAACUCUGUCAUUAAUGGCUCUGAGUGAAAAAGAAUGUGAAUUAUGGGUAAAAGGUUUAACACAUUUGGUACAGGAUACAAUAAAUGCUCCGUAUCCUUUACAAGUAGAAAGAUGGCUUAGAAAAGAGUUUUAUACAAUGGAGAAUACUCGAGAAAUGGUAACACUAAAAGAUUUAAAAGCAUUUUUGCCAAAAGUUCAUUGUAAAAUUGCAACUAAUAAGUUAAGGGAGCUUUUUCAAGAAGUGGAUAUUAAAAAGAGGUCUGAAUUGGGGUUUGAUGAUUUCGUUAGUCUUUACCACAAACUUAUCUUCAGUGAACAAAAUGUUACGGAAUGGAAUCAUAUAUUAAGCAACCUGAAAAAAGAGAAAAUUGUGUCCUUAGAAGAAUUUAAAAAUUUUCUUGCCAUAGAACAAGACAACCCUUUGGGAAAGAAGAAACAAGAUGUGUCAAAAUUUAUUCGAGAUUACUUACAAGAUCCACAACGAGAUGUACAAGAGCCAUAUUUUACCAUCUCAGAAUUCAUCAGUUUUCUAUUUUCAAAACAAAAUGAUAUUUGGGAUAAUACGUAUGAUAGUGUAUUUCAAGACAUGACAAAGCCUCUAUCGCAUUAUUGGAUUGCAUCGUCUCAUAAUACGUACUUGAUGGGUGAUCAAAUAAGUAGCAUAAGCAGUUGUCAAGCUUAUGUCAGAGCAUUAAGAAAUGGUUGUCGAUGCAUUGAAUUGGAUUGUUGGGAUGGCCCAGACGGGAUGCCCUUUAUUUUUCAUGGACAUACAUUAACAUCAAAAAUUAAAUUUUUGGAUGUUAUCAAAACAAUCAAGGAGCAUGCAUUUGCAACAUCCGAUUAUCCAGUGAUACUUUCUAUAGAAGAUAAUUGUACUUUACCUCAACAACGUAAAAUGGCAGCUGCAAUGCAAGAGGUAUUCGGGGAUAUGUUACUAAUGCAAUCUAUUGAUAAGAACGAAGCAUCUUUACCUUCACCAGAUGUAUUGCGUAAAAAGAUUAUAAUUAAACACAAGAAAUUGCCAGAUGGAGUAGAUGAAGACUCUUUUGUUAUACGAAAUGAUGAUAGCAAGCAAGAAGUGGACUUAAGAAAUAGCAUUAAAAAUGGUAUUCUGUAUUUGGAGGAUCAUGUUGACAGACUAUGGUAUCCUCAUUUUUUUGUUUUAACAAAUCAAAAUUUAUUUUAUACUGAUACUUUUUCAAAAUCUCAAGACUCAGAAAUGGAUGAUGAAGAAAAUAACACUAUUCGAAAAUCAAGUGAUGGAGUGCCUAAUGAUGAAUUACACUUUGGUGAAAUGUGGUUUCAUGGAAAAUUAGCAAAUGGAAGAGAAGAAGCUGAGAACUUACUCAAACAAUACUCUCAUCUUGGAGAUGGUACUUUUUUAGUUCGUCAAUGUGUAACAUUUGUUGGAGAUUAUUGUCUAUCAUUUUGGAGAAGAAAUAAAGUAAAUCAUUGUCGAAUAAAAUUAAAACAAGAUAUGGGACAAACGCAAUAUUAUCUUAUCGAUACUAAUUGUUUUGAUAGUUUGUAUAGCCUUAUUACACAUUAUCGAACUCACCCAUUAAGAAGCCAGGAAUUUAUAAUUACGUUGCGUGACCCAGUACCUCAGCCAAGUAAACAUGAAGAAAGAGAAUGGUGGCAUGCUGAUUGUUCCCGAACCGAAGCAGAAGAAAUGUUAAAAAGAAUUCCUGCUGAUGGAGCUUUUUUAGUAAGGCCUAGUGAAAAAGAGUAUAAUUCGUAUGCUAUAUCAUUUAGAGCCGAUAAACAAAUUAAACACUGCAGAAUUAUGUUAGAAGGACGUUUAUACACAAUUGGAUCAAUACAAUUUGAAAGUUUAGUUGAACUAGUUAAUUAUUAUGAGCGUCAUCCAUUGUACAAAAAAAUUAAAUUAUGUUAUCCAGUCAGUAAGGAGGUCACGAAUUGGAAAGGAACGAACAUGGACGAUGAUUCUGUGCGUGGCAUUCCAGGCUACAUGGAUCCAACAACAUUUGUAUCAAAAGUAACUGUGAAAACUUUAUACGAUUAUAAAGCAAGAAGUGAUAGUGAACUCUCAUUUGGCAAACAUGUUGUAAUAACGAACGUAAAUCGGCAAAGUGGAGGUUGGUGGAGAGGAGAUUAUGGAAGUAAAAAACAACAUUGGUUUCCUGCCAGUUAUGUCGAAGAAUUAGAUUGUAAAGAACCACAAAGUGAUUCAUCAGAUUCAAUGAUGCUUGGAAAUUUACACAAAGGUUCAUUAGACCUUAUGGGUGCUGUAGUUGAAUUAUCUGUUGGAGAAAAUCCUGGCUUAGAAUGGAUUUUAAGAAUACAAAAUUCUAAUUUGUAUUCCGUCUUUGAAGCUGCGUCUCCUUCAAAGGAAUCUGCUGUAGAAUGGAUGACUAAAAUCCAAGAAGCAGUUCAAAGUGCAAGUCUUAGGAAAAAUCAACAUAAACAAAUGGAACGAGCAUGGAGAAUUGCUAAGGAAAUGUCAAAUCUUAUAGUUUAUUGUCGUUCAGUAGCAUUCAAUAUUGAUAGACUUAAAGCCAAGGGCUUUGUGUUUUAUGAAAUGAGCAGUUUUCCUGAAACUAAGGCUGAAAAACUUAUUUGCCAACAAGAAAUUAAAUUUUUUAUUAAAUACCAUCAGAUGCAGUUAAGCAGAAUUUACCCUAAGGGUUCACGAUUUGAUUCUUCAAACUAUAAUCCUAUUCCUAUGUGGAACACUGGAUCUCAGAUGGUUGCUCUGAAUUAUCAAACUGGUGAUAAACCAAUGCAAUUAAAUCACGCAAAAUUUAGAAUGAAUGGAAAUUGUGGUUAUGUGUUGAAACCAGAGUUUAUGUUCAAAGAAGAUUUUAAUCCUUAUGAAAAAAGUAGCGAAUUUUAUUCGGAAUCUGUGAGAAUAAAUUUAAGAAUAAUUGGUGCCAGACAUUUAAGUAAAUCAAGACGAGGUACAGUGAGCCCAUUUGUAGAAGUAGAAAUUAUUGGAGCUGAAUAUGAUACUGAUAUGAAAUUAACAACAAAAACAGUCGUUGAUAAUGGAUUUAAUCCAAUCUGGAAUGAAACAUGCGAGUUUGAGAUAAUAAACCCAUGUAUUGCUUUAUUAAGAUUUGUCAUUCAAGAUGAAGAUAUGUUUGGAGAUAGUAAUUUUAUUGCUCAAGCUACAUAUCCUGUGACAUGUCUAAGAACAGGAUUCAGAAGUGUUCCACUAAAAAAUAAUUUUAGUGAAGAUCUAGAACUUGCUUCUCUUUUGGUCCAUAUAAAGAUUGCAAAAUUUUCUGAAUCAGAUUUAAAAAAGGAAAGCCCUAACCACUUUGGUGGAAUUCAGACGGCGAAAACGUAAUAAAUCAACGGAAAGUAGUACUCAAAGUUUAUUAAACAACACAAACUAGUGAGAAUUUAAUUAAUUAUGAAAUUAAAUGUAACAAAACUAAAAGGCAAAUAAGAAAAAUCAAGUCGGAAGCAUUUAAAAGUUUUAGUGAGCAAUUAAACUUUUCAAAGGGUCUAUCUAACAUAUGGAAAAUGGUUAAAGGAUUAAUUUCAAGAUCAGGAGUAAUAAAUACGAGUAGAUUCACAGAUCAAAAUACAGAUGAACUUAACGCAAUGAAAGAAAAUUUAGUAAGAGAAGAUAUUGUUCCGAGACCUCACGCAUUGUGAUUUAGUAUUAUUUAGUAUUUAGUAGAUUUAGGGCAGUAAUAAAAGCUUCUAAUGUAAAAUCCGCUCCAGGGCUGGACUCUUUUACUCAUGAUAUAUUUUCUAAAUUAACGCGGGAAUGGAAAGAUCUAAUUCUAGAAGCUUAUAAUAGAAUGUACGCUGUGGUAAAAUUUUUGCCGAAAGCUAUUGGAGGUUAUCGACGCAUCUCACUGACUCCAUGCCUGGAUAAGAUUAUGGAAAGACUAGUGCAGAGGAGAUUGGAAUACAUAGCGAAAACGGAAAAAUGGUUUUAGGAGAGGGAGAUCAGCCAUUGAUGCUGCCUCCUACCUGGUCUCCGACAUCUAUGGAGCGUUUAGUGAGGGCAAAUCAGUAUCUGCUCUUGCAUU